CUCCCGCCCUGACCAAGAAAAAACACUUCAGAAGCAAUAUUCAGAAAAAACAUGGGAUCAUGCGAGUCAAUAAGUGAAUCUUCUUCCCAGUUCCUUUCAGAUGAGUUCACAAGAAGAAUUGUCAUCUUGGGAAAAACUGGAGCUGGGAAGAGCAGCCUUGCAAACACUUUAUUUGGUCAAAAAAUGUGUGAAACAAAUAAUUCUCCUACUUCUGGAACAAGUCAAUGUCAAGCAGAGUCAGGCACUGUUAAUGGGAAAAGUAUAAAACUCGUUGACACUCCUGGAUUUUUUGAUACUGGGAGGGAUGAGAAGGAAAUAAGGGCUGAAAUAGUGAGGUGUAUUAAUGAAUGUCCUCCUGGUCCUCAUGUUUUCCUCAUUGUGCUUAAAGUGGAGAAAUACACAGAGCAGGAGGAAGAGAUAAUAAAGAAGAUCACUGAGUAUUUCACAAAAGGAGCUCUGGAAUUUGCAACAGUGCUCUUCACACAUGGUGACCAGCUGCAUGAAAGAUCAACAAUUAAGGAUUUUGUCAGUAAAAAUAACAAUUUGAGUGUUCUGGUCAAGAAGUGUGGCAAUCACUGCAACGUGAUUGAUAAUAAAUACUGGAAAAAUGACUUGGAUAUAUACAGGAGCAACAAGUAUCAGGUAAAAAAGUUGCUUACCACAAUAGACAAGAUCAUUGAGGUAAACAAUGGAGGUUACUAUACCCAAGAGAUGCUACCAAAAGUAAACAGACAAACCGAACUAAACAGGGAGAAGUUGAUUAAUGAAGUUUCAGGAGUCAGUACACGAGCCCUGUUCAGAACGCCACUGAUUGAAGAACCAAUGUUAGUGCUCGUAAUAGAAUUAACAAGAGCUCUGGCAGCUUUAGCAGCUGGUAGAGCAGGUUCACAUGGAAUAUAA